AUGGAAAACGAAGUAAGUUUCAUUUGCAAAAGAACUGUGGUGAGCACGAAGCCAGUAGAACCAGGAAAGUACUUCCCCUUAUCAGUUUUGGAUCGUUACAUGGAGAAUAACCACAUUAGGAUGGUUUACUAUUACCAAACUUCAGGAGAAGUAAGACUUGGAGAAGUGACCAAGAAGUUGAGAGAGACUUUGUCAGAGAUGCUUACCCAUUUUCCCAAAGUGAGUGGACGGUUGAUAAGGGAUGAGAAAGGGCAAUGGAAGAUCAAAUGCAAUGAUGCUGGGGUCAGAAUGGUGGAGGCAAAAGCCAAAGGGAGUGUUGAGGGGUGGCUUAGAUGUGUUGAUAGGGAAAAGGAACUUCAGCUUGUGUAUUGGGAGACCAUGUUUCACAAACCUUAUUAUUGGUCUACUUUUUAUGUCCAGCUAACUGAAUUUGAAGAAGGAGGAUUAGCAAUUGGCCUAAGCUGCGUUCAUCUCUUGGCAGAUUCCACUUGUGCAACCACAUUCAUGAAGGCCUGGGCUGACAUUUCAUUUGGCAACAAAAUGAAUACUCCUCCACUAUUCAUCCCUUUACCUCCUAGAAGACUAGGAAACAUAAAGCCCAAUCACUACCCCCAUAUGGAGUUAAUACAUUACUAUAAAUCCUUAAUUGAGAAACCCAUUUGUGCAAAGGAAGCAAAGUACACUACAAUUUCCCUGAGUUUCUCAGACCACAUGGUUCAGGCUUGCAUGUCCAUGGCCCAACCCAAUUGUACAUCAGGCCCAAUAACACCCUUCGAGGCUUUAGCAGGGUUGUUUUGGGUCUCUUUGAGCAAAGUCAAGGGAUUGAGAAAUGGUCUUCUUGACAUGUCCAUAUGUUUGGAUGUAAGGAAAGUUUUGGGCUUAGAUAAUGGAUUCUUUGGGAAUUGCAUGGUCUAUAAUAAGGUGCAUUCAGAAGGGAAUUUAGAAUAUAACCAUUUCCCACAAGCUGUUAGGACCAUAAAAGAUGUAGUGGCUAAAAUGGACUCUGAGGGGAUUAUGGAUCUAAUUGAGUGGUUAGAAAAUAAUGACAUAAAUUCACCUACAAUGAUAAACGGUCAUGAUCUGGUAUGUGUUAACUUAGAGAAUGUGGACCCUUAUUUAGCUGUAUUUCAAGAUAGGUUGAAACCCAUUCAUGUUUCUUAUUACAUAGAACCAGUUUUGGGACAAGGACAGGUUUUGAUUCUCUCUUCUCCAAAAGGGGAGGGUCCCUUAAGCAGGGUUGCUAUGGUGACACUUAAGGAGGAGGAAGCGAUUAAGCUUUGUGAAGAUUAUCUUAUUUCACAAUUCUCUCCCAUUAUCUUGAUGAAAUGUCAAUGA